AUGUACCCGAAACAGAUGCGGUUUAGCAGGGGCUUGCCAGCUAGCUCAUUUCAAGAAAGCAAACAAGUGCCCGUAAGGCGUUCCUCUAGUAAGGCACCAUCACCAGCGCACAUGAGAAAAGGCCGUUGUUGCAUAGCUCAGGUCGGAGCAACGCGCCAUCGGACAACAAGGGCAGUGAUUGGCGAAUCUAUAGUUUCUGGUUCCUCUCUUCAAACACACAACAAAGGACUUCUACCAUUUCAUCCUGAUUUGCUAGGUUUGGUUCAGCAUUUCCUUCUACUUUUCUUGCUUUUGCUGUAUUGGAAGGUUGCAUUUAGGACUAAGGUAUUCCACCCAAACAUCAACAGCAAUGGAAGCAUCUGUCUUGACAUUCUAAAAGAACAAUGGAGCCCAGCAUUGACCAUUUCUAAGGUCCUUUUGUCAAUUUGCUCGUUGCUGACGGAUCCAAAUCCCGACGACCCUAAACCCUAA